AUGGAUUAAACUUUUGCCAUAGGAAUUGAUUUAGGAACUACCUAUUCUUGUGUAAGUGUUUUUGCAAAUGGUAAAGUUGAAAUCAUCCCUAAUGAUCAAGGUAAUAAAACAAUCCCAUCUUAUGUUGCCUUUAAUGAAACUAAAAUACUCAUUGGUAAUGAUGCUCAAAACCAAGUAACUAAAAAUCAUUAAAAUACAAUUUUUGAUAUUAAAAGACUAAUAGGAAGAAAAUUCUCUGAAACUACAGUCCAAAAUUAUAUUAAAUUAUGGUCAUUCAAAGUUGAAGCUGGUGUCAAUGAUACACCCAUGAUUGUAGUAAAUUAUAAAGGAGAAAACAAGAAAUUCCUCCCUGAAGAAAUCUCUUCAAUAAUAUUAAGCAAAAUGAAGGAAACUGCUUAAGCUUAUUUAAAUUAAUAAAUUUCAAAGGCUGUGAUAACUGUUCCAGCUUAUUUUAAUGAUUCUUAAAGAUAAGCCACAAAAGAUGCUGGUGCUAUUGCUGGUUUGAAUGUUUUGAGAAUUAUCAAUGAAUCAUAUGCUGCUGCUAUUGCUUAUAAUUUAGAUAAGAAAUGCAAAAAUGAAUACCAUGCUCUUAUAAUUGAUUUAGGAGGCGGUAAUUUUAAUGUCUCCUUAUUGACUAUUGAAGAUGGUUUUUUUGAAAUAACGGCUACAUCUGGUUACAAUCACUUAGGAGGUGAAGAUUUUGAUAACAAACUUGUAGAAUAUUGUUGUGAUGAAUUUUUUAAGAAGAAAGGAAUCAACAUUAGAGGAAAUCCGAUAUCUUUAAGAAGACUUAGAACAUAAUGCGAAAGAGCUAAGAGAAUUCUUUCAUCAGCCAAUUAAACUACAAUUGAAGUUGAUGCUUUAGAUGGUAAGGAAGAUUUUAAUUGUACUAUCAGCAGAACUAAAUUUGAAGAUUUAUGUAUGAGCUUGUUUAAGGAAUGUAUAACUUUGAUUGAAAAGGUUCUUAAGGAAUCAGGUAUUUCAAAAAUAGAUGUUCAUGAAAUUGUAAUGGUUGGAGGAUCAUCAAGAAUUCCAAAAGUUUAAGAGCUAGUGUAAGAUUAUUUUAAUGGAAAGACAUUGAACAAAUCGAUCAAUCCAGAUGAAGUUGUUGCUUAUGGAGCAGCCAUCUAAGCUGACAUCAUAAAAAAUUAAGACGAUGAAUGGAAUAAGAAUUUUCUAUAUUUUGAUUACACUCUUUUAUCUUUAGGUAUUGAAACUGCUGGUGGUAUCAUGAAUGUUUUUAUUGGGAGAAAUACAUCUAUUCCAUAUAAAAAGUCACAAAUAUUUACUACCUAUACAGAUAAUUAAACAAAUGUCACAAUUGAAAUUUAUGAAGGAGAAAGAAAAAUGACAAAAGAUUGCAAAAAAAUUGGACAAUUUAAUUUAGAUGGUAUUGCUCCAGCUCCUAGAGGAGUUCCAAAAAUUGAAGUAUCAUUUGAGAUUGAUAUAAAUGGUACAAUUUACUUUAGUGCUGAGGAUUAGGCUACAAAAAAUUCAUAAAAGAUUACUAUUAUGCCUUAAAAAAGUAGAUUAUCAAAAGAUGAAAUUGAAUUAUUAGCUUAGGAAGCUGAAAAAUUUAGAGCUGAAGAUGAUAUAAUUAAAUCAAAGAUUGAAGCCAAGAACAACAUUGAAUUAACUGAAUAUUAAAUUAAAAACACUAUCAAAGAUGAAUAAAUUAAAUGCAAAUUCACAGCUGAAGAAAUAUCAAGACUUGAAUAAUUAGUUGAAGAAAGAAUAAAAUGGAUUGAAUGUAAUGUAAAUGUUGAUAUAUAAGAAUAUAUAUAUAAAUAAAAAGAGAUUGAAUAAAUAAUGGAUGAAAUGAUGUAAAGAAUAUAUUAAGAUGGUUAUGUUAGAUAAGAUAGAUAUGGAGUUUUAAUUAAUAAAAUAAUUUGA